AUGACUCGUACGACAAUUCGUAUUCGGAGACAAGGGGGAAAUCAGCGAGAAAUGGAUCGAGCAAAGGCUCAGAAGAAGGCCGCUGCUCAAAAGAAACCAAAGGAGAGCGCAACGUCGCUGGCCAAGCGCAGAGAGGCUGAUGCAGCUGCUAUGCAACUCAAGGCAAAGAAAAAGGAAGAAGAACGAGCAGCACAAGCUAGUGGAAGCGGCUCGGGGAAGUAG